AUGUCCUACCAGCAGGAGCUCUAUGUGGCAGAGCUCGCCGUACAGAGGGCUUCACUGUUAACACAGCGAGUAUUCAACGAAAAAGCAAAAGGCACUCUAUCCAAAGAUGACAAGUCUCCUGUCACAAAGGGUGACUUCGGUGCCCAGGCACUUAUUAUCCAGGCAAUCCUCAAGAACUUCCCAGGUGACGAGAUAGUUGCUGAGGAGGAAGCUAGUGCUCUCCGGGAAGAUAAACCGCUGAGUAAUGAGAUUUGGGACUUGGUCAAGGACAUCAAGCUUACGGACGAGGAAAGUGACAAAUUUUUGGGUGGACCAUUGCAGAGCGAGGAAGCUAUGCUCGAUAUACUCGACCAGGGGAAAAGCGCCGGAGGACCGAAGGGGAGGAUAUGGGCUUUGGAUCCUAUUGAUGGUACAAAGGGCUUCCUCCGUGGGGGCCAAUACGCUGUUUGUCUCGGCUUGAUUGUAGAUGGCGAUGUCAAAGUAGGAGUAAUUGGCUGCCCCAAUUUGCCAGUCUCUGACUCCGCACCGAUUCCCGCCAAUUCUACAAGCAUCAAGACCUGCAGCGAUGGGACUGGAAUGCUCUUUUCUGCUGUGCUCGGAAAAGGUGCCUCAAGCCGGCCUCUCUCAGGUGGAAAACUCCAGGAAAGCAAAUCUAUUUCCAUGAGACCAGUCCUAGAUAUUACAAAGGCUUCAUUCUGCGAGGGAGUUGAAGCUGCACAUUCUGCACAGGAUGACAACGCUGCGGUUGCAAGAAUUGAGGAAGGUUACCAAGAGAAGAUUUGGGACCAUGCCGCUGGCGACUUGCUGGUCGUGAAGCUUGGGUGUGGAUGGUUAUCUAUUAUCCUCGGCAAGAGACUUGACUUGGAAAAGGAGAACUCUGGUCAUGAAUACCGGCGUCAUUGCUUCCCCGAAUGCUAUCCAUAA